GGGAAUUAUCGAAUUGCUUUGUGGACAACACGCAGAGGCUGAGUUAUCGAAUUUAUCAAAAUAGUUUGAGAUUAAGCGGCGAUUAUCAAAAUCAAUGACUGAAGAUUGUUGCCAUAGGGUUUCAUCAUCGGAAUCCGAUCCAUCAACGGCCAAGCAAAGUAGAAAAAAGAGGAAGUGGGAUCAGCCGGAUGAAGCUUUGGUUUCUGCUGGUGUAGCUGUUCCAGGGAUCUUUCCACUGGCAAGUGUGGGAUCCUUGGCCAGAGUAACUUUGCCUGUUGGUCCCUCUGCAAUAGGUGCUUCUCUUGCAAUCCCGUUAUCUGACACCAGUGCUGCCUCCCUUCCAGCGCUUCAGGUGCCUUUACCACAACAUGCUGCUGCAAUUGUCCAAAAGCUAAUCCAACCAAAGAUCCAAGAUGAGUUGAUAGCACGAGAAAUUGUCAUAAAUGAUGCUGAUUCUGCUAUUCGUUAUAAGCUAACGAAGCGUCAAACCCAGGAAGAGAUACAGAAGAGCACUGGUGCUUUGGUAAUAACCCGAGGGAAAUAUCGGCCUCCAAAUGCCCCACCUGAUGCUGAGAGACCUCUAUAUCUUCAUAUCUCUGCAGCUGCACAUUUGGAAACAACUGCAGAACGAAUCAAAGCAGUUGAUCGUGCUGCUGCUAUGGUUGAGGAAAUGUUGAAACAGGCAACUGUUAGCAGUGGAGUUAAGGUGGAUCACUCGUUGAGUACCUGUGUCUUCUUGGGAUUUCAGCCAGAUCCAUCGUUGGACAUCAUCUCUCGCAUCCGUGGCCCAAAUGACCAGUAUGUAAACCACAUUAUGAAUGAAACAGGAGCAACCGUCUUAAUAAGGGGACGAGGUUCUGGGUUUCCAGAGAAUGGGCAGACUGAAGAAACACAACCACUGCACCUGUUGUUAUCAAGCAACAAUGCAAAGAGUCUUGAGCAUGCAAAGCUAUUGGCAGAAAACCUUUUGGACACAAUUUGUGGCGAGUGUGGUGCAUCAAGGAUAUCAUCAUGUAAAGUGUACGGUGCUGUUCCACCUCCGCCUCAAUUGCAAGCUGGGAUCCAGAUUCCAGCUAAUGUAUCAAAAGCGACUGAUGUAGCUGCUAUAAAUGCAACUGCUUUGGGUGGUGUCAAUAGCAUUCCCUCUCAGGGCCAGCUAUCUCAAUCUCUUGGAGUGUCAAUCCCGAUACUGCCUCAAGAAAAAGUUGCUUACUACUAUCCUCAAGGGUUGACAAGUGUGACAAGCUAUAAUGGUUAUGGUGGAAUAUAUCCUCAGGCCACACCUUUGCAACAAGUUGCAUUAGCCCUUAGGCAGUCGGCUUCUCCAGUAACUGCUUCAGUUGGUCCAACUACCAUUGCGGUAAGCAAAGAUCCACAAACAGAAGUGCCCUCUCAUUCAAAAGAUAAGCGUUCCCAGAAGCGGAAGUUUCAAGAAUUACCUGCUGCUGCAAAAGGGCCAGAAAAACUGAAUCAGGUAUAUAAAAAUUUAAUUAGGCUGAUAUCAGUGAGAAUUGAGGGAAUAUUGUUGGCUUUGAACUGCCAGUAGCUAUUGGUAUAAUUUGAUUAAUGGUUUUGUAAAAUUUUCAGUUGUGUCUUAUACAAAUAGUUCUCUACCUGAAAAAGUAAUUUUAGGAAUUCGUUUGUGUCGUGAAGGAGUGUGGCCUAUUAGACAUGUCUUUUUUUUUCUCUCUCUUUUAUUAUUUACUCGAUUUUGGGUAGGCGGGUGGGAGUCAGUUGGAUGUGGUGGGUUGGUAUUGAGUUGGAUGAGGUGGGGUAGGAAUCAGUUGAAUGGAGUGGGGUGGCUGGGUCUGACUAAUGAUUCCAAAACUUGGAUUCAGUGUAAGUGAUGAUGAACUAAAAAUAGUUGGUGGAAUUCAUCCUUGCUUAAUUUGCACAUUCUUUCCUAAUGGUUUAUUGGUUGCAAAAUGCUAAAAAUACGUAUUGAUUAACAACUGAUGUAUACCCUUUCUAUGUUUUGUGCUGAUGUUUAUUCCUACUUAUUCCAGGUAUUUCACUGACCUUCUAUGAAGCUUACAGGCUGAUACUGGACCUCUGUGUGGGGCAUUUGUAUGUUUCACAGGGUUUUGAAUAUUAUUUAAGGUGGCAAGAGAUGGCUGCUUGCCAUUUCACGACAUUGUUUUACACUUUAUACAUAGGUUACUGGUUCUGAUAUUGUUUGCUAUUGUUUUCUUAUCUGUUCAUAGUUUCUUUGCAACCCCAAUGAGCUGCUUGGAGUACUGUUGUAUAGAAAUGUUGUUUUUCCUUCCUUCUCGUAGAAAAUCUUUCCUCCCCUGUUUCUCGAAUUUUUACCUAGUGAUCGAAAGUCGAGUUCUUAGAUAUCCACUUAGGAUACAUUAAAAAUAAAAAGAAAACUCCUAUUAACCAAGUCCUAGCUCUACCUGUUAUCAAUGCACGCAUCAUUCUCACUCUAAUUCCUUCCUGAUCUUCCAUCAUGGCCAAUUGUGCUUGCUGCGUAUUUCUGUUUUUGCCAUUUUUUAGCAUGAUUUACUGAUUUGUUGAAGCAUUUCCUUAUUACCUUAGACAUCACACCAUGCAUCUGCUAACUUUAUGGAUUUGGUAUUUAUCCUCUCCCAGAAGAAUAUACAGGAAUCAGAAUUUCCAAUGCCACGUGAACUAACAUCACAUGUAGGUGCAAGACCUAGAGAUAUUUCAGCUGUUGAAGAUCGUAAAACUUUUGUCAAGCCGUCACCUCGAGAGAUGCCCCCACCUCCUCCCAAGAGCUUAUCACCGACCUCUCGUCCUCCAAAGUUCAAUUUGGCUCCAAAAGUUCAUGGAGACCAGAAUGGGACCCAUGCAUCAAAAUCUGAAGUUGUUCCUGAUACCUUAACCAAAUUGAUGGAAUAUGGAGAUGAUGAUGAUGAUGAUGAUGAUGAUGACAAAAUCGAGAAAACAGCCAAAGUGCCCUCACAGAACCAUUCAAGCUCAUCGGUUAUGCCAAAACCUUUCUGGGCUGUUUGA